UUAACUACCUUGGAUCUGGGAUAACAAGUGAAGCUGAUGUAGGGUUAUAAUUCAAAACAAAAGAACAUCUACUGAGAGGAUUAUUAUACUACACCUAUAUGGUAGCAUUCAGAUGGCAAACUGAUGGAACAUUGAAGCAAUAUUUCUCAUCAAAUACAGGAUAAUAACACACUGGAUACAAUUAGAAUCAAUGUUAUAUGUAAUUGUUUCUGCAUAUAACAAUUCAUAUUGGAUAACUCAAAGGAAUAAAGUACAUCUGGAUACGUUAUCAACUAUAGUACCUGAAAUGCUAAAAGGGCAACUGGUGGAAAGAAGACGGGAAAGGACCAAAUUGAAAGCCAAGCAAUGACUUAGCCAUUUGAAGAAACACAUUCCCUGACUGCACACCAUCUUUAUUCAACAACAUGAACCAUUUUACAAUACAGACAGCCAUCUUUAUGGUAACUAUAGCAACAGUGUCCAGCAACAACCCUCCAAGGUUUAUUAACUUUCCAUCUGUAGCGAUACAGCCUGAGGAUGCCCCUGCUAAUACUGUUCUUGGUACAUUAUAUGCAGAAGAUGAAGAUAGUUCUCAACUAACAUUUGGUAUUGUUGGUGACCUAGCACAAAGCAUUAUAAGACUCGGGCCAACCACUAGUUUAGAAAAAAUAUUUCAAUGUGAAAUCAUCCUAAAAGGGAACUUGGAUCGUGAGACUGUCCCUCGGUAUUUCCUUUCUUUCUCAGUAUCUGAUGGCCCAAACACAAUCCAGAAAUCUGCCACCCUGUAUGUCACUGAUGUGAAUGACAAUGCUCCUUCCUUCACCAACCUGCCCUACAGAGCUAACAUUAAAGAGACGGCCGAGAAUGGGACGUCAGUGUUCAAAGUAUCUGCUACUGAUCCUGACGAAGGCUAUGAGGGUAGUGUCGAGUACAGUAUGAAGACUCCAACUACAAUGUUUACAAUUCAAAAAAUAACUGGAGAGGUUACGCUGAAUGGAAAUUUGAACUUUGCAGACAAGAGCUUUUAUCAACUAGAAAUCAUGGCACAGGAUCGAGGAGUAGAAAUCAAACUUAACAGUACAACAGACCUGGUGAUUAAUGUGGAGAAUGUACAAAGCAGACCUCCCAUCUUCCUCAACAGACCGUAUGUCAGUAGUGUCAAAGAAAAUGUAGCUGUGGAAAAACCUGUGAUUCAGGUGACUGCAAUGGACAGAGAUACAGGUGUUCCUAACCAGGUCAACUAUACUAUAGUAGGAGAUAAUGAGUGGUUCCAGAUAGACAAUUCCAGCGGCUGGAUAUCAGUAAAGAGUCACAUAGACAGAGAAGAGCAAAGUAUCCUGAAUAACUUUGGUGUCAUCGAGUUUGAUGUCUUUGCUCAGGAGGUGACUGACACACCAAUGGGGAUUACAACAGCUACAGCUAAGGUGACAAUCAACAUCUUAGAUGAGAAUGACAACACACCAACAUUCUCACAGGACUGGUAUAAUGCAACUGUACAAGAGAACACACAGCUGCAUGUUCCUAUUACAUUCAUUCCUGCUGGACUGCAAAUGGGAGUCACAGACCUGGAUGAGGGGGAAAGUGGUACCUUUGAUCUAAGUGUUGAGCAGGGCACAGUUGCCUUCACUGUGUUCUCAGUUGAGCCCAACACUGUACGCAAUGAUGCAACAUUACUUAUUCGGGUAGAAAACUCCACCUAUCUUGACUAUGAGCAGAGAAAGUCUGUCAUGUUCCAGAUAUGGGCCAAGGAGACAGGAACACCUGAAAAACAUGAGAACUUCACUAUGGUGUACUUAGAGAUUGAAGACAUGAAUGAUAACAUUCCUCAGUUCACCAAGGAGGAGUAUAAGACUGAGCUAUAUGAGAACUCACCCAAGGGGACCAAUAUAACAACAAUUACAGCCACAGAUGCUGAUUCGGGGGAAUUUGGCAAAAUCACAUAUUCCAUUAGAGGCUCUGGAGCUAACAUGUUCCACAUCGACCCAGACAGUGGUAACAUCAGUGUUGCUGUAGAUGCUGACUUGGACCAUGACCUCCUGGACAGGGAGAAACAAGACACCUACUACCUUACCCUGCAGGCCAGGGAUGGGGGAAACCAGCGCAACACUGUACAGCUAGAGAUACAGCUGCUGGAUGUUAAUGACAAUGCACCAUCUAUCAGGAGGAGUAAAUAUGAAGCAUACGUGCGAGAGAAUCAACCUACUCUUGAACGUCCUGUCAUAGUUGAGGCUGAGGAUAAGGACUUGACCCCCAACAAUAUCAUAGAGUACAGUAUUAUAGAAUCAUCAGAUCCACAUCACAACUUCACCAUUGAUAACACUACAGGAAGGAUAGACCUCAGUGGGCCUUUGGACUAUGAUACCAUGGACCCACAACUGGAUGGUAAAUAUAACUUAGUAGUAUUAGCUGUAGACAAGGGUAUCCCCCCACUUAACAGUACUGUGGAGGUCCUGGUGAAUGUAGAAGAUGAAAAUGAUAACCAGCCUUACUUCAACUCUACAGAGGGACAUAGCGUUAGCAUACCUGAGAAUACCACAGGAGGAAACAAAACAGGAGACACAAAGGUUGCUGUGGUAAAAGCCUAUGAUGAUGAUAGACCAGGUACACCUAACAGUGACAUCAUAUAUCGUAUAGACAGUGGCUCGCAGGAUAAAUAUGGCAUUGAGGCUAACACAGGGCUCAUUUAUGUAUACCCUCGGGCAAACCUUGACCGAGAUGCCUUUGGAGAAAGCUACACCCUUCAUGUGUUAGCCAUAGACAGGGGAACACCACCACAGACUGGAUCAACAAUUGUGGAAAUUAACAUUACUGAUAUCAAUAAUAAGAUCCCAGAGUUUAAUCCAGCCUCAAAAGAGGCAAAAGUUUUUGAAAAUGCAACAUUGAUGACGAUCGUAACUGACUAUCCUGCCAGUGAUUUAGAUUGGAAUGCUGACCUUAAGUAUGAGAUCUUAAAGAAUGAGACUGUAGGCCUGAAUGAGUUUGGUAGUGAUGUGGAUAAUGCAGUUGUCAGGGAUCUGUUUGAUGUGUACGCCAACAAUGGUUCAGUGUAUGUGAAAAGUGGGCUUGACAGGGAGGCUGUACAGAUAGUUACCCUCACACUACAAGUCACUGAUAAAAAUGGUUAUUCUCCCAAACUUCAGCAGAACACAGCUAUAUUAGUAAUUGAGCUGCUAGAUGUGAAUGACAAUCCACCCGAGUUCCAACCUUCAAACAUUUACAUGGCAGCUGUUUCUGAGGCAUCCAGUGUCGGGGCCACAGUCACCAAGGUGGAUGCCCUAGAUAGGGAUAAGAACAAUGGACAGAUGGCUUACAGGAUUGAAGAUGACCCGUUUGAUACUUUCCAGUUUAAGAAUGAAUUUAGUGGUGAAAUCACACUUAGGAAGUUAGUAGACCAUGAAACUCACCAUUGGAUGAACUUCACUAUCAUGGCCAUAGACUCUGGUACACCUGCACUAAACAGCACGGCAUCUAUACAUGUGAGAAUUGAAGACACAAAUGAUAACAGCCCUGAGUUCACCAUGUUUAACACAAGCGUCAUGGUUUGGGAGAAUGCUACACUCGGAACUGAAGUCACAACAGUUGAAGCUGUAGAUAAAGAUAGUGGGAAUUUUGGAACUGUUUGGUAUUUGAUUACUGGACAUGAGGAGAAAUUUACCAUCCAUAAUGAAACUGGAGUUAUCACAGUGGCUGGUGAACUAGACAGGGAGACCAAGGCUGAUUACACCAUCAGUGUUGAGGCAAGAGAUAGCCCCGACUCUCCCGAGAACGAACAACGUAUUACCUCCCGUACAAUGAUGAUCCGUCUCCGGGACGUCAAUGAUUUCACUCCCAAAUUUGCUAAAUCAAAUUACAAUGCAAGCUCUGUAGCGGAGAAUGCUGCUACUGGCACUCAAGUUAUCACAAUCACGGCUAUUGAUUUAGAUGAGGGAGAGAAUGCAAGAAUUGUGUAUUCACUGAAUCAAACAAGACAAAAUAUGACGGCCGGCUUAUUUGAAGUUGUUCCUGAUACUGGAACCAUAAAAGUUGCGUCAACUCUAAGAACGACACUGGGUUGGGUUUAUAUGACGCUAGUGGCAACAGAUAGUGGUACUCCUGCUCUGUCUAGCUUCACAACUGUACAUGUCUACAUUGAAGAUGUGAAUGAUAAUGCGCCUGUGUUCACACAUCCACCAGCCAAUGAAACUAUAUUUGUCUUAGAGAACAUCACAAUUGGCAGUUUCAUCACCCAAGUGAAAGCAAAGGACAAUGACAUUGGUGUCAAUGGAGAAGUGGAAUAUACAUUCAUAAAAGAUGAACCAAUCAAAGAUUACAAAAAGUUUAACCUGGACAAAAAGUCUGGGAAUAUUACACUCAAAGAGCGGAUCAGCAGAGAGGACCAGGAAAUCUACUUUUUGUCUAUCCUGGCCUCAGACAAGGGUGAUCCGGUGCGAACAGCUAGAAGACCCCUUAACAUAAAAGCAAUAGAUAUAAAUGACAACCCACCAUCAUUUGAUCGUAGAAAAUACCCAACACCCUAUAGCCUUCAGGUACAAGAGGAAAAGGCCAACAUCACUGUUGGUAAUCUAAGUCUGGCCACUGAUCCUGAUGAAGGAGUCAAUGCUGAGAUAUGUUAUUACAUAGUUGGUGGAGACCCUCCGAAAGAAAGAGCAAAAUUCCAUCUGAACCAAACGAGUGGAAUCCUCACAUUACAAAACAGCAUAGACAGAGAGACUACAGCGCUCGUCACCCUAAUUAUCAAGGCCAAUGAGAAACAGCUUCUCUCUGAUGGCAUCAGAACAUGCGACAAUCAGGAGUUUGUCAACAAGUCUAUAGAAUUCAAUGAGGAAGAUACGAGUUUGUUGAAGGUUCAGGUAGAGAUUCUGGAUAUUGAUGAUAAUCCUCCAAAGUUUACUAAAACAGGGAAAUAUUUCACCGCUGGUGUUACUAAGGACACACAAGCUGGGGAGCCUAUACUAGAUUUCAAGGAUUAUACAUUUGACCCAGAUAUAGGGCAGAACAGUAUUAUGAGGUUCUACAUAGAAGAGCCUAUCAAUAUGACAGGGAGUUUGCGCAGUGAACUGAAUGGCGAGAAGCCGUUCCGUCUAGACCAGAAUGAGGGUGUGCUGUACACCAAUGUCUUCUUCAAGGACACCAUGGUUGGAUUCUUUGACUUCUUUGUGUUUGUCAAUGGCACCAACCCAGGCCUGGGCAACUUUGAUAAAGCUACAGUGUCAAUCUAUCUGUUAAAUGAGAACCAGCAGGUCAGAGUAGAGUUCCGUUCUACCCCACAAGAGGUGGGACUUAUCAAGGAUAUAUUUGCAGAGUUCCUUGGUAACAUUACUGGUUGGAGGAUCAAUGUUGAUCAGAUACAGACUCACAAAGAUGCAAAGGGGAAUGCUGAUGACCUCAAAACUGAUAUGUUCAUCCAUGCCAUAGAUAAAGAUGGAAAUAUUGUGGAUGCUACACUCUUAGUUCAGAAAGUAGAUGAGAACUCUUUAGCUUUGAAUGAGUUCUUCAGGAGAUACAAUGUUAUAAAAGUUGUGGAGAAAGUCCAGGCAGUGAGGGCUGGAUCCACAGAGGGUGAUCUAUUGUUGGCCCUCAUCCUAGUUUCUGCAGUACUUGGCUUUGUGUGCCUUAUAUUAUGCAUUGUAUUCCUAACAUGUAGGAAAAAAUAUAAGAGGAAGAUAAGAGCUGCAACUGCAAUGGCAUUUGGCUCAAGAGAUGACUUAAAUAGAUUACAUGUACCGGGGACCAAUCAGCAUAAUUAUGAGGGCUCUAAUCCUAUUUGGAUGGAACAAUAUGAUGGGCCCUGGACUGAAGAAAUGGAUUCCGACAGUCAAAACAGUCAGAACUCCCUUGAUAUAAAUGUAGUAGACCAGAAAGACAAGAAAAACCCUAACAUUGCCAAACUCAACCCAUAUGAUGAACAGGAACUAACUUUAAAUCUUAAUGAUGACAAUGAGGGAGUUAACGGAGAAUGGAUGGUGCCACCCACUUCACAAGGGGUCUAUCUGGAUGCUGCCUUAAGUGACUUUGACACUAUUGAUAGUCACAAGAAAAAUGGCAGUCCCACAGUGUCAACAGAGAUGCUGCCUAAUGCAGUGCCACGAAGAAUUGACCUCACUCAAGAUGGCCUGGAAUUCGACAAUCCUGCUUACCAACUUGAUGAUAGCGUCAAGUUUGGGACUAAACGUAUGAAUGGCAUGCAAAUCACUGAAAUAUAGAGACGCUUAAUGUGAUCUAUAUUGAUAAAAGUUCAAUGCCAAAUAUGCUGAGUCAUAAUUCCAAGCUGCCAUAUUGAAUUGAGUUAAAUAUAAAUGUGAGACUGGUCGUGAUGAAAAGAACUAAAAAUGUGCAAUCAAAAGUGUAAUAUAUAAACAUUGUAUCUGAGAUAUGAUAUAUACUCGGAAUGUGAGGUAUUCAUUCAAGCAUAUUGUAUACUUUAUUGUAUACUUCACUUAUUAUUGUAUACUGUAUUGUAUACUGUAUCCAGGGGAUGUAGAACAUGCAAAGUGCUUUAUAUUUUAUAUUUAUAUCAAAUGUGGUGCUUUAAUUAAUCAAUCAAAGCACUUGUCAACAUUUAUAUGCAGACUUUGCAGUUUUUUCCAUCAUUUUCAUAUUUUUUUAGGAGAACAGGGUGUCCAUUUGUACUAUUUGUUCAUCUCUUGUUUAGAUCAAAAGUAUGACUGUUACAUCAAGUACUGCUGAAGUAAGUUUAGUUAAUAUAUAAUAAUACUGACGUACAUAAUGAUGAAAAUGAUGGAAAGCCUGCAAUGGAUUACAUAUCACCAAGUAAGCGUACA